UUCACCACCCUCUCCGUCACCUCGGCCGCUGCCCUCGCUCGCCAUGCUCUCUGCCCGCGUCCCGCUCGCCACCAUCACCGACCAGCAGCAGCUGAGGGUGUCGCCGCUGAAGCGACUCAACCUGUCCGAGAAGGAGAACACGCCCCCGAGUCUCAGCGGGACCCGCAUCCUGGCGAGCAAGGCUGCGAGGAGAAUCUUGUUGGACCUGGCCGAACCGGAACGUAAAGAAUCUACUAAGCCCAGCGUUGAGGACGAGCCCUUACUGAGAGAAAAUCCCCGCCGCUUCGUGGUCUUUCCCAUCGAAUACCAUGAUAUCUGGCAGAUGUACAAGAAAGCCGAGGCCUCCUUCUGGACGGCUGAGGAGGUGGACCUCUCCAAGGAUAUUCAACACUGGGAAGCGCUGAAACCUGACGAGAGACAUUUUAUAUCUCACGUCCUGGCUUUCUUUGCGGCGAGUGAUGGCAUAGUCAAUGAAAACCUGGUGGAGCGCUUUAGCCAAGAAGUUCAGGUUACAGAGGCCCGCUGUUUCUAUGGCUUCCAAAUUGCCAUGGAAAACAUACAUUCUGAAAUGUACAGUCUCCUCAUCGACACUUACAUUAAAGAUUCCAAAGAGAGGGAAUAUCUCUUCAAUGCUAUUGAGACAAUGCCUUGUGUGAAAAAGAAGGCCGACUGGGCCCUGCGUUGGAUUGGGGACAAAGAAGCUACCUAUGGAGAACGAGUUGUGGCCUUUGCUGCUGUGGAAGGGAUCUUCUUCUCUGGCUCUUUUGCGUCAAUAUUCUGGCUUAAGAAACGGGGACUGAUGCCUGGCCUUACGUUUUCCAAUGAGCUUAUUAGCAGAGAUGAGGGUUUACACUGUGACUUUGCCUGCCUGAUGUUCAGGCACCUGGUACACAAGCCGUCGGAGCAAAGAGUACAAGAAAUCAUUAUCAACGCAGUGAGGAUAGAGCAGGAGUUUCUCACGGAGGCCCUGCCUGUGAAGCUCAUCGGGAUGAACUGCACCCUGAUGAAGCAGUACAUCGAAUUUGUGGCGGACAGGCUCAUGCUGGAGCUAGGGUUCAGCAAGAUUUUCAAAGUAGAAAAUCCAUUUGACUUCAUGGAAAAUAUUUCACUAGAAGGGAAGACAAACUUCUUUGAGAAGCGAGUGGGCGAGUAUCAAAGGAUGGGGGUGAUGUCAAAUUCAGCAGAGAAUUCUUUCACCUUGGAUGCUGACUUCUGAGUAAACUGCCUGCUCUUUGCUGAUUGUUCUCCCCUUGUCAUAAAAAAUCAGCAAAAGCAAUCAACUGGCUACACCAUGAAUUGUCAGUUAACCGGUAUCUAAGAACUGGGUAGCUACCUCAGUUGGUCCCUUUUUGCUGGUUGUGUCACUAGAAGAAGGAUGUUAAAGGUACUCGGAUUCUUAGGGGAGAUUCUGCCCUUGGCUUCUGUGGCCCCAAGCACCAACAGACCCAGGCUCUAAGAGGCGACCCUCCAGCAAACAGGAUUCAUUCAGCAUUUGUUGCCACAAGACUGUUUAAAAGAUGUGAGCCUCAUUCAUUGCUUCCCGUGGACUCUAGCGUUUACUAAGUUUGUAAAUAAAACUAGCACUUUGCACACAAACAUAGUACUGUCAAGGGGGAAAGCCUGCUUUAUUUGGUUUCUACAUCAAGCACUAAGUAGUGUUUUGUAAGUAGUUUUGCCAAGCUUAAUUCUUCAGUGAAUUAAUUGAGAUGCUCCAUCAGCGUUGAAGUCAGUCCUGUGCAAUCUAGGCAUUAGCCUGCUGGUGCUAUUCAUGUACAGGGUGUGUGUGUGAGACCCCAUACAUCAGAGCAUCUCUGCUUCACCCAACCUCCAACUUUGAGUCACGAGAGACUUCGGCAUGAUUUGGAACACUUGCUGGCUGGCCCAGGCCCAGUCGUCAUUUUUGUGAAAAGCAGUAUAUUUUUUUUUCCAAGUUAUUUUUUGCCUCAUUUCUAGUUAGUGCAGUCUUAAAAAGGCUUUGUAGUUAGGAUUUCCAGAGGUAGUUCAUGCACCAGUCUUAAUUUUUGUCAGUGGUAAAGCUAGGGCUGAAGUCAGCUUUCCUAAAAGAUACAGAUUUUUGAGUGUGUGAACAGGUACUGUUGAAAUUUGAUCCACUUAUUAGCCCUGACUAGGCUUAGAACUUGCUGUGCAGACUAGGUCAGCCUCUUAAACUUACCUCUGUCUCCCAAACAAUGGGAUUAGGGUUUGUGCCACAAUGCCCGGCUUUACCUGGUGAAUUUCUACUAAACACCUGAAACCGUACUGUGUGGGCUGUUAAUGUGUGUUCAGUUCAGAUUGUAGGCGGAAAUAUAGACAGCAGAUGCACCUAACGGCCAGUGCGAAUUAGUCUGCUCUGUGCAUUGGUCUGUUUUCGUGUUUAGGGAACAAAAUUCACCUAGUGAGUUUGGGGAUAGGGGUACAUACGUGAAGCUGUCUUAAAACCCAAAACAAUGAAAGCAAACGUAUUGGUUGCUGGAGUAAUUCACAUUGGUCUCUGGCCUUCUUACUAGCUGAUGCUAUUGUGUUUUAGCAGUUUGACCCCCGAUUUUUCUUUAUUGUAAAAUUUCCCAUAUUUCUGUAAUAUGAGACCCUUUGUACCUUUUAAAUUAUUGUUACCGAAAAUUAAUAAACUGAAGUCUU